AUGGCUUCUCAAAGCAUGAUAACAUCCUGCAUGGCUCUAUUCUUCUCAUUGAUGGCUAUGGCAGAAGCUACCAGCAAGGUUCAAAGUGCUUGGGGACCCUGGCAGACCGCUCAUGCUACCUGCUAUGGCGGCCUUGAUGCUCAAGGCACCAUGGGGGGAGCUUGUGGAUACGGAAACUUGUACCGUCAAGGCUACGGUCUGCACACAGCAGCGUUAAGUACUGCACUCUUUAACAACGGUGAGAGAUGCGGAUCGUGUUAUGAGCUCAAGUGCAUUGAUGACCCGCAGUGGUGCAGACCUGGAAACCCCUCUAUUUUCAUCACUGCUACCAACUAUUGUCCUCCUAACUAUGAUCUCCCAAGUGAUAACGGUGGGUGGUGUAAUCCUCCUCGCCAACACUUCGAUUUGGCCGUCCCUAUGUUCGUUAGACUUGCACCCUACCGCGCUGGCAUCGUCCCCGUCUCCUACCGCAGGGUGCCGUGUAUAAAGAGAGGGGGAAUGAGAUUCACAAUGCAGGGGAAUCCAUACUGGAACUUAAUUUUGUUCACGAACGUUGCUGGUGCGGGUGACAUAGUCAGCGCAGAGAUAAAGGGUUCCAACACGGAUUGGAUGAGCAUGACCCGCAACUGGGGUCAAAACUGGCAGUCAACUCAUGUCCUGGUUGGUCAGUCACUGUCUUUCAGGGUCACAGCCAGUGACGGCAGCGUGUCAGAGUCUCUCAACGUUGUUCCUUCUAAUUGGCAGUUUGGUCAGACCUUUUCCGGCAAUCAAUUUUAGGGUUUUUUAAAAGUCAACUCUACUAUUAGGUCACUUAAUUAUGGUAAUUAACGUAGUUUUUGUUUUAUUUCCG